UUGCUUCGCUACGGUAGCUACACUCAUCACUCCGCCGCCAGAUCGCGUCGCGAGCGGACGUCUCGACACAAAAUAAAGCCGCGUCCUCAGUGCGUUAUGGAUAUCGCGAGUUCGUAAUAAUUCGUGUAAUUUUUAAGUCGUGUUUUAUUUCGGUGUGCUAUGAUAUAGAAGUUCUUUUGUUUGCAAUUUAAUUUGGGAUUGUAACCGUUUCAAUGAUGGGCGUCAGUGGUUGUAUGAGCGUGAGGCAGGCUAGGGGCUCUUGCCAUUGUCCCGCGUGCCCCAGGGCUUCGGGCCAUGGUAUGCCUAUGCCCCCUCAGACGCUCGUGCUCCCCCCAAUGGCUUUAGAGCCUGAAACUACCCCCGUUAAGGAUAAGAAAGGAUCUAAGAUGAAGGUUUUGAAAAAGAUUAAGAAAAAAAUUGGAUUGGCCCCUCGCACGGCCUGCACAGGAGGUACUCCGAACAACUUACCCCCCCUGGGCUUCCAUUCAGUCCAUGGUGAGAACAUCAGAGUCUCCAGGGAUGGCUCCAUGGCUCGGCGAGUGGAGUCUUUCUGCAAGGGUGUCGCGUUCAGCGCUAGGCCUGUUAGGGUUAAUGAGAAGGUUUGCCUUCGCUUCGUGGAAAUCUCAAACAGCUGGAGCGGUGUCAUCCGAUUCGGUUUCACAAACUACGACCCCGCGACUCUCGCGCACUCUCUCCCCAAGUACGCCUGCCCAGACCUCACGAACAAGCCCGGCUACUGGGCCAAAGCCCUCGGCGAAAGAUUCUGCGAAAAAGACAAUAUCUUAUAUUACUACGUCAAUUCUUCGGGGGACGUUCAUUUCGGCAUGAAUGGAGAAGAUAAAGGUCUGUUCUUCUCUGGAGUAGACACACGCAGUCCCUUAUGGGCCUUAGUAGAUGUUUACGGCAACUGCACAGCGGUACAAUUCGCUGAUCCUAGAGCUCCAAGCCAGAGGCGCCACAGUCCUGUCGAUGAAGAUAGAUUAGUUAGCAGCAUGAGGUCGUUAAACGUCGAAGAGGCACUACCAGCCCCAAGAUACCAGAAUCCUUUAGCACCGCUAAGCUUACAUAGAACUAAAGGCAGGAAUGUCCAAUGUGUUAAUGACAGAGGAAUCGCUGCAAGAGCUGAUGCAGAGUUCUGCCAAGGAUAUGUGUUUACAGCGCGUCCGAUGCGCCCAGGACAGACCAUAGUUGUUCAAAUUUUAGCUACAGAGGCAGCGUACGCUGGUAGCCUUGCUAUAGGGCUCACAUCUUGCGAUCCUGCAACUUUAAGGCCCUGUGAUUUACCUGAUGAUGCAGAGUUACUUUUAGACCGUCCCGAGUACUGGGUUGUCAGACGGGAUGCCGCUAACGGUCUCCGAAGAGGCGAUGAACUAGCCGUGACCUUGACACAAGACGGUGAAGUGAGGGUCAGCAGAAAUGGAUCCACUCCAGUCACAGUUAUGCAUGUGGAUCAUACUCUAAGAUUGUGGGCGUUCGUGGAUAUAUACGGGGCUACGCAGAAGGUCAGGAUGCUGAGCACACUAGUUGUACCCCAAACUCAAACGCCUCCUCAGCAGUUGAGGGUGUUGACAGGCUCUGCAGGGCCUAUUACUGCCGGGGCUGGUGGAACUGUCCUGGUGGUUAGCUUACCGCCUCAAAAUGGGGGACAGAACGCUGCGAACCAACAGAGCUUGACUCUUGCAAGCGCGCAUUAUAUUGAGCCGAUCCAGACAACCUCACAGCUCUGCCUAACUGGGUUGCCCAUCAACCAACCCUCAUCCUGCAGCUACCAACCACCCCGACCUCGCGCCGACAACCAGUGCUCGUCAACCAGUCAGAACAACUUGAACGAGCAGGCUCAAAUACCCAACGGACAUAGCGAACCUUUGAGACUGGCUGAGAGGCUUCAAAACGGUCCUUCUACUAGCAGACAUCAGCCUAUUUACUCUGUCAUCGGCGAAGGGGGUGCUACAGGGAAUCUGACGGGAGCUGAAUGUACUAUAUGCUAUGAAAAUCCUAUAGAUUCUGUACUAUAUAUGUGUGGUCAUAUGUGUAUGUGUUAUAGAUGUGCGGUCCAACAGUGGAGGGGCAAAGGGGGCGGUCAAUGCCCCCUCUGUAGAGCACAAAUCAAAGAUGUAAUCCGCACGUACAAGUCCUGAUGUGCUUUUGCCAAAAUUUCUUUUGUAAUCCCAAAAAAAUCUCUGUAUAUGUCUGGUAGGUAGGUUAGGGAUAUUUUUUGUACUGAAUUCGAGUGGAAAAUCAAAAGGGAUGUCGCGUCUUCAGUACAAAGAAAUAAUGAUUAGAAAUUAAUAAUAAUAUAUCAACAUUGAUUAAUUAAUUAAUAUAUAGAAAACGGUUCGUUGAUGUCGGUUAUUUAUUCGAGUGUUGGAAAACAAAAUGGCGGCGGUGUGACGUAAGAUUAGAUUAUGAUUGGUUAACAUUUUUUUUUCAUUGGCAACUUUUGCAGCAGAUAUCUAUGGUUUUGCGACUGUUUGGCGGGAAAUGGCAGCCAUGUUGCGUCACAUUUUGACUGAUAAAAACGUUAUUUUCUGACUUAAAGGUACCGUUGAAUAUACCUAUAGUGACAGAUUUUCUAAAAUAUGCGGCGCAAAAAUAAUUACUUUAUUCAAUUCUAAAUACUUUUUUUAACAGUGUUAAUGAGUUAAUUUUAAGACACUAUAAAUGAUUGCAAAAUCUUCUUUUCCUAUAGACUCUUUCUUACAAGAUUCACUCUCUUAACUACUGCCCGUACCGGGAUAAAAUAUAGCCUAUGUUAAUCGGGAGUGUAGCUUUCCAACAGUGAAAGUUCCUCUCUAUUAUGUUAUAUUUAAAAUUACACAUUAACACUGUUUUUUCUUUAAAAUGAGGGUUUACAAGAAAGUAUACUGUAAACGGUUUGAAAUUUUAUACGACAGUAAUGAAUAAUAAUAUAAAACUAAUAAUAUAGAAUCACUCUCAACAUAGGAAUUUGGUAAACAACGUUUCAUAAUGACUUAAAUAUAAAAAUAUAUGCUCUAAAAAUAAAAAUUUGAGAUUUGAAAUCUUACCAAAUGACUAACAAUUUAAAAGGGAUGAAAAAUUCAAAUUUAGAAUGUUGAUUAGUUUUUGUUUUUUCAACUAAAUAAAUAAAGCCCCAAUAGUAUCCCGUUUCGCGAGGCUAAGUUGUAAAUAAAAACUAUAGUAAUGCUAGUAUAAGUGGUAGGUUCCUAGUUAAAAGAACAUUUUAAAAUUGAAGCUAUAUUAUAGCUUUCGUUUCUGUGUAGCACUGCCUAAGUUUGUGUCCUGAGAAAUGAAAAUAAUUCACCAUCUUUGAAACAUAAAAGUUUCGUCAAUGCUGUCAAUAGAUGGCGCUGUUCUCAAUUUCAAAUUAAGGACAUGAAACUAAGAAAAUAUUGAAAAACGAUUGUAAUGUACGUCCAUGACACUAUUGUAAGCAUUUAAUAAUUAUUAACUGUAAUAAUCAUAUCAUAAUCUUUAAUUAUUAAUCCGCGGUUAAGUGAGAAACAGUGGCGAGGUGAAUUUUAAUGUUUUUUGAAGGAAAUUUUACUGGAAAUAUGUUACAUAUUAUACUGAAAAUUUUUCACAUCAUCUUUCAUACAAUCCAUCCAUUUUAUUCCUACUACAUUACUUACUUCCAUACAAAUAUAACAAUAGAUUUAAUUAUAUUAAAAUUGCAAAUCGUAAUUUCUGUCUCUUAUGUAUGAAGAACUCAAAGAAAUAGGACGCUAAAUCGAUGUUUUUUCAAAGGGAGUUCCUAAAAAUGCCUCCGAACAAUUUUCUUAACAUAUACGCGAAUUUUCUAAUAUUAUCUAUCCAUAUGAUAAUAAUAUUUCUUUCAAAGCGAAAUGUAAACGAUCGAAAAUUUAGCUUAAAUCAGCCGGUAGAUCUACCAAAGCUACCACGCUGGGUUGCCAGUGUUAAAUUUCUCUGAUCGUUGGUAGAAAAUUAUGAGGACGCAUUUUUUAUUACGACAAUAGACAUUGCUGAGCUUUAAGUAUGUAAAACUUAGAUUUUUUUUCUUUAGUAAAUUCUGAUUUUGGAAAUAGUCUCGCCUAGAUAGCGAUGGUAGAAGACUUAGCAGUCUAAAACUUAAAAAUGUAUACUUACUGUUAAAAUUGAUGAAAAGUAAUUGUUUUUUUUGGCAACUUGGGUCCGUAUUACAAAAUAAUAUUCAAGUUUGUUGCCUUAAGCAUCAGUUUUGGGCCCUAUGAUUUCCAAAACUAGUUUCUAAAACCGCUUAGUCUCGAAUAUCUUUUUUUGUAUUACGGAUCCAAGUUGACACGACUGUUUAUAAACAGAUUUCAUGUGACUUUUUUGUCGUUUCAAGUAGAUAUAAUGACACCCAUUCUUUGUACAUCAUGUCUGUCAGUCAUUGGCUGUCAUUUGUACAUCUUUGGCAGUCAAAUGCCAAAAAGUCUGACAACCAGUCUUACUAAAGAAUAUUAGUUUGCCCGGGUAACUGGGUUGAGGAGAUCAGAUAGGCAGUCGCUCCUUGUAACACACUGGUACUCAGCUGCAUUUGUUUAGACUGGAAGCCGACCCCAACAUAGUUGGGAAAAGGCUCGGCAGAUGAUGAAUUCUUUGUAUAUAUCAUUCCUCGUAUGCUCAACUUUCUCUAAGCAAUUGUUAACAUAUCAUUUUUUAUACAAUUGCGUACUUUCUGUUUUAUUGAAAAGUGUGCUGUCCAUUAACAGUGGUUAUAAGACUAAAAAGGAAAAAUUUGGUUUCUUUUUUCUCUUGACUAAACUCAAAUGAGUGUCAAUUUGACUUUGUAAUAAUAAUGCAUUUAUUUGUAACAAAACAUAUCUUUGAUUUCAGUUACAUAUAUGACUGAAUCUUUUUAUUUCAAGUUUUGCUCUCCUAUCCAACUAUUAUGAUUGAUAUCACUAGAGUGUGCCAAUUUUCAGUCCAGAAUACAUUAAAAUGCUGAAUAUAAUCUUUUUUUGUAAACUCGAGCAAAACUUGUAUGGUCUUACUACAAAAACUUAAACAUGUGUCAAACACUUGUCUAAAAAAAUUGUAGCUGCAAAAUGGACCUUAUUUCAACGUCAUAAUCUGACAUUUUUUUAGACAAGUGUUAAACUAACGUUUAAACGCUUUUGUCGUAAGACGGUUUAUUUUUUCUUGUAUAUAGUAACAGUUUCUUGAUUACCAGUACAUAAACCAAAACUGUAAGCCAGUUGUCAAUCAAUAUAACUUUAAUUUAUGAUAUAACUUGUACUUGUGUAACCUGACGUUUUUUUUAUAUAUAACAUAAAGCAUUGUUUGUUGUGAAAUUAUAACUUAAGCAUAUAAGUCAUUUAGUGCUAGAUUUUCCAUACUUUGUCUUAUGUUUCUAGAACUUCCUAGUACAAUGGAUUAGAUUUAAAAAAAUAAUUAAGUAAGAUUAAUUUUUUAACGUCAAAAAAAAAAGGGGAAAUUUCACAACAAACACAGCGUAACUUUAGACUUUAUUUAUUUAUUCAUAAGACCUUUUUUUACAUGACAUAAUUUAAUACCAAAAUAAAGGUGACCAGUUUAAAAAAGUAGACAGUUUAUCGAAGCCAAAUCUUGUAGUAUUUAGUGGUUAUUGUAUAUAAUGCGUGAAUGGAAAUGUUGGGGUGCGACUGACAAGGUUUUGUCCAAAAAGUAUUUAAUCACAAGCUUUCAUAGACAAUUUUAAGGUGUUCGAAAAAUAAUCUGCUCAGAAAAACGGAUAGAUGACAUUUUAUGGUUCAUCUACAAUAUAAACGUCAGUUUUUUUCACAAAUAACUGUUUACUUUGAAAAUUGAACGUGAAAAUUCAUAGUAAACAGUGGUUUUAGAAAACUGACGUUUAUGUUAUCGAUGUACUUGGGCCUGAAAUUAGGAUUUCAUAUCUUUUUCCAGCACUUUCAUUUGUUACAGCAAUAACUCUUUUUGAUACUGUUAUUUAGUUACUGUUCAAAAAAAUAUGAAUAUUCAAUACAAUUAUUUGUUGACAAAAAGCAUCGUUCUAGAAUGUUCAGUAAGUUAAGAUAUUUUUAGCCAAUUUCAAUAUACAUUUUCCUGAAAAACAAAAAAUCAUCAGUCGCACACUAAGGCCUAAGUUUGCUGACAAAAUAAACGUCAGUUUUUCUUAUAACAACAGUUUACUAUGACAUUUCAUAUUCAAUUUUCGACGUUUUAAGAAAUUUGACGUUUAUGCUGUCAAUGAUUUUGGGCCAAGUAAGUAAGACCAAGUGGUAUGUGAUAAUGUGAUUCUUUCAAAUAUUCUUUAAAAACUUGGUCAUGUACAGCGUUGUCAUCUAGUCUUUAGUAAUUUAUUUUUCUUUUUUUUUUAUUAGUUAUUAUUAUUUUUUGUGAAAAACAAGCACUCUGUAACGACGUUGGAGUUAGAUUAAGUUUGAAAUAAAAAUGGUUAUCGAACA